AUGCGAGAUCUAUCUCAUCAGCAGAUAGUAGAAGCUGCACGACGAAAAGUUCCUAUGAAUGCUUCACUUCAAAAUCGAAUUAUUAUUAAUAUAAGUGGAGUUCGUUUUGAGACAUUCAAAUCUACUCUUGAAGUCUAUCCAAAUACGUUGUUAGGUAAUGCAAAACGAUGUAAAUAUUAUUAUGAUAAUGUUCUUCAUGAAUAUUUCUUUGAUCGUCAUCGAGGAUGUUUUGAAGCUAUUCUCUAUUAUUAUCAAUCAAAUGGUCGAUUACGUCGACCGAAUUCAGUACCACUUGAUACAUUUCUUGAAGAAAUCACGUUUUUUGAUCUGGGUCAAGAUGCUCUUGCUCAAGUACUCAAAGAUGAAAAUUUGAAAGAAGUUGAAAAAACUCAAUUACCUCGAAAUCGUUGUCGUCGAGAUACCAUCGAUAUGCGAGAUUUAUCCCAUCAGCAAAUAAUCGAUGCUGGAAAACGAAAAAAUUCUAUGGAUAGUUCACUUCAAAAUCAAGUUUAUCCAAAUACAUUAUUAGGCAAUGCAAAGCGACGUAAAUAUUAUUAUGAUAAUGUUCUUGAUGAAUAUUUCUUCGAUCGUCAUCGAGGUUGUUUUGAAGCUAUUCUCUAUUAUUAUCAAUCAAAAGGUCGAUUACGUCGACCGAAUUCAGUACCACUCGAUACAUUUCUUGAAGAAAUAACAUUUUUUGAUUUGGGUCAAGAUGCACUUUCUCAAGUACGCAAGGAUGAAAAUUUAAAAGAGGUUGAAAAAGCUCAAUUACCUCGAAAUCGUUGUCGUCGGUAUAUUUGGGCUACUAUAGAAUAUCCAGAAUUUUCAUUCAUUGCUAAAUUGUUUAAUAUUCUAUCAUUAAUUAUUAUUUUUAUCUCUACAAUUACAUUAGCACUUGAAUCUUUGCCACAAUAUUCUCAAUUAUUAGAAGAUACAUGUAAAAAAGAAUAUAAUCAGCAUAAUAUUGAAAUGAACAAUGACUCAAUAAAUUCCAGUAACGUUCAAUCGAGUGAAGGCAUAUGUCUUUCCUAUUUUUCAUCAUCAUUUCAUCGAAUUCAGAUGAUUUGUAUUGGAUUUUUUACUAUUGAACUAUUUCUACGUUUAUUUAGCACACCAUCAUUAUCUAUGUAUUUCAAGAAAUUUAUGAACUGGAUUGAUAUAAUUGCUGUUGUUCCAUUCUAUAUUACUAAUAUUAUAAAUCUUGUUAAUCAAUUCGGUUAUCAAAAUAUUAAUAUUUAUAAUAGUUUUGCAUUAUUGCGUGUUCUUCGAUGUGCUCGAAUAUUUAAAUUUUAUUGUGUUUUUAAAAAUAUUAAAACUAUACGUGUUCUUGCUGUAACAGUUAAAGAAUCGAUGUUUGAUUUUCUUAUUUUGCCACUUAUUGUCGAACUACAUUUUCUAUAA